UAAAAGAGUUUCCUGAGUAAAAUGGCAGUAUCCCUGCAAACUCGUGUCCUUUACGGUUUAAAAACAGAUAUUAUCAGUAACGCACAUUACAUCACGGAUGCAGAAAUUUUGUAUCCGGUUGGUAAUGUAUUGGCAGUUCACAAUAUUCUUCAGCAUCAGCAAAAGUUGAUUCGAUUGCCCGACAAGCAUCAUGUAAAUUUUAUUUGCGUCUCGCCUAACAAGAAAUACGUUGCUUUAUCCGAAAUGGGGGACAAACCUACUAUAUCUGUUUACGACCUCAACUCGCUGAAGCGCAGAAAGCUACUCGGAAUACCUUUCGACGCUCCGGGAGUAACGAGAUUUACGAGCAUGGGUUUCACCUUUGACAGUAAGAAUCUAGUAGCGAUUACUGGUGAACCCGAUCAAACGAUGCUCUUUUACAAUUGGGAGAAGGGCAAGGUCGAGUCGACGUUCAAAUUGGCAAAUCCGCAAAAUCCAUUGGCGAUCGCCGAAAUGUUGACCUGCAAUCCGACAGAUGCGGCAGUAGUGGCAGUCGGUGGUCCCUUUAAUUUCAGGUUCCUCACUGUUUCCGAGACAGUGUGGCGUCCGUAUGGAUUUGCCAAGGGGGAGAAUCUUCUGGUUUGCUCAAUGACCUGGCUGGACGGUGAUCGAUUGUUGGUCGGUACCGAGGACGGUCGCGUGCUCUAUAUGGAGAACGGCGAUUUAAAAAACGUCUACUGGAUAUCGGACACGGUGUCGAUGAAUCUCAAAAUCCGUGAGGAGUAUGUUAUGCCUGCCACCGCCGGUUCGCAGAUGACAUUGGACAAUGCUCGCGACAACAUUACUUGGGAACAGAACGUCCGCUGUUUGAUCGGAUUCCCGCGAGGAUUCGCUUAUGCCCAUGGUGCGGGAACCAUCAUAUUUUUCGAAAAGGAAGGGAAACACAAGUAUACGAAGAGAAACGUUUACGUGCUUCCGGAGCGGGUAAUAAAGGACAACGAUUCGGAUCUGUACAAGAUCAACACGAUCGAUGUGAAUCCCGGAUUUGAUCGAUUGAUCGUCACCGCUGGUUGGUCUCAGCUGUACUACGCUGCAUUAUGGGGUCCGGAUUUGCAGAUGGAUCCGGAACCGCAGAAGCUUAGAAUCAUGGGUCAGCCGUUGCAUCAUGGUCCCAUCAACGGUCUCGCCAUGUGCGCGUGGAAGCCAGUCUUUAUGACGUGUGGUGAAUUGGACCGUAGCGUCCGAUUGUGGGACUUUGAAACCGAGAGUCUGAUCAUGCUGAAACAAUAUGCCGAAGAUAUAUCCGGCAUCGCGUUACAUCCGAUGGGAUUGUUCUGUUUGAUUGGUUUCAAUGAUAAGCUGCGUUUCAUGAGCAUUCUGAUCGAUGACUUGUUGCCGAUGCACGAGAUCGCCAUCAGAAGCUGUAAGACAAUUCGCUUUAGUUACGGCGGUCACUUGUUCGCUGCGGUCAACGGCAACGUUGUGCAGGUGUACACCACCAUCGGCUUUUACAAUCCCUUCGUUCUUAAAGGACACACAGGCAGGGUGAAGGCUCUCCUUUGGUCGCAGACGGAUAUGAAGAUGCUGAGUAUGGGCACCGAGGGUGCCAUAUACGAGUGGGAUAUGACCACUGGCACGCGAUCUGGUGAAAUCAUCUUGAAGGGCAUCAUCUUGCACGACAUCGCGCUCUCUUCGGAUACCUCGUUUUCUUAUUGUAUCGCCAAUGAUGAUCAUAUACGUGAAAUCAAGGAGAAUGCGGUUAUUCGAGAGUUUCGUUUACCUGGUAGAGAAAUGCAUCAAAUGAUUAUGGGAAAAGAUGAUCUGGUGCUAUUUAUAACUUCUCCUGGUGGUAUCAUUAUUUCGCUGAAGAGCCCGCUUCAAACUCCGAUAGAAUCGCUAGAUUUUCAUAUACAUAGUGUUGAUAUUACGCAGAUCGCACUCGUUUACAAUGAGAAUUGUUUAAUCUCCGUUGCAAAGGAUGGCAGUUUAUGUAUUUGGAAGUUAUACUAUCCGGAAGGAAAGGUCAUGAAAAUGAGCAGAGAUCUGCCAUACACAAACGAAGUGUUAAUCGGCAAAGGUGAUUUAGAGGAAAAGAUACACACAAUCAGGGAUCUGACGGUGAGAAUGAGAGAAUUGGAAACCGAGCACGCGUAUAAACUGCGGCAGAUCGACGUGCAACAUAAUGACAAAUUACGCGACGUGCAUCAAGGCUACUGCGAAGCCAUCAAGGAACUUCGAGAUAAGAUAGAAAAGCUUCAGGAGGAUCAUAUUAAUGAAAUCAAUAACAUAAAUGUGGAAAUUGUGAAGAUGAAGAAUGCUCACGAGGAAGCGAUGCAGCAGAUGGAAAAUAAUUAUGAGAUUAGAUUAAUUACAGAAUAUGAUAAAUAUCAGGCAUUUGAGGAAUGUACCAAUAUUAUGCGUGAAAAUUAUGAGAAACGAUUGAAAGAUCUUGAGAAACGCGACGCGGAGGAGCUACAGAGGACUGUGACAAAGUACGAAGCUCUGCUUCAUGAAAAAAAAGUGCAAUUGGAAGAAACAUCCGAUGAGAUGACGCACAAACAACAUGUUCAUGAGCAUCUAAUGUCGCAGAUAGAAGAUGAUGCGGAUCGUGAGAUUCUCGAAGUACGUACGAAGUUUGAGAACUUGCUGUACGAGGAAAGGCAGAUCAAUUUGAAGCUCAAGGGAGAGGCUGGAAUGAUGCGAAAUAAAUUCAUGGCCAGCCAGAGGGAUGUGGAUGAUCUGAAAAGACAAGUGCAUCGCGUGCAAGGUGAAUUUGCUCAGUUCCAUAAAAAUAUACAAGACCUGGAGAAGCAGAUAGCGGAAUUGAGGAAGGAGAUUAGCGAGAGGGAUGCUACUAUUCAGGACAAGGAGCAACAGAUAUACGACAUGAAACAAACGAAUCAGGAAUUGGAGAAGUUCAAAUUCGUAUUAAAUUACAAGAUAGAGGAGUUGAAGAAUCAGAUAGAGCCGAGGGAUCGCGAGAUACAAGAGCUGAAGGAAAAUAUUCGGGAAAUGGAGACGGAACUCGCGAGUCUUCACAAGACUAACAUGAACUUGGAACAGCAGCUGCACGAAGUGCGUGAGAAACUACAUGCCACGCGUCAAGAACUCGAUCGUGAAAUGCAUAGAAACAAACGGUGUCGGCAACUUUUGCGAAAAAUUCGCGUAGAUAUUUUCGACGCUGCAGGACUCAUACAAGAGCCAAACGCUUUAAAAACGGCGAUGACAAAUUUAUAUCACAAGUACAGCGCGGACGAUGAAUUUGUACGUAGUCGUAAAGCAGAUGUAGACGCGCAAUGCGAAUUUAUUAAACAACGAGAUCAUUUGGAAAAGACUAUCGCGUCCCUAAAGAAACAGGUGCUUCAGGACACGUCUACCGAACGUGACAAAGAUUUGGAGAAAAUGACGGAGGAGAAUAGUAUGCUUAUCGUGGAGCUAAAUGCUCUGAGGGAAGAGUUGAAAGAAGCACGAAAGCAUAUUUUUCAUAUGGAGAGCUUCUUGGGUUUAACACGAAAAGACGUGGGACCCGCAGAAGCGAGAAGGAAGUUGGAAAAAGUAUAUCGCGGAUACGAAGAGCUACAGGAAAAAUAUACGACGCAAAUGCAGGAGUAUCAGCAAGUUAUUCUAGCACUGAAGGAAGAUAUCAAACGACUUUUAAGCAAAAUUCCUUGUGAAGAGACGGAAAAAGAAAAAGAAUCGUCUUAA